ACAACAGCUACAAAUUGACGUAUUGGCAUUUUUACGGAACGUCUAUUGGUCCAAAAAGGCGAGAAACAACUGUUUAGUCAGUCAAAAGAAAACGGUGAAACCUGCAACGACGUUCAGCUGUGAAAUACUUUUUUCUUCAUUUAAAGACCAUGAGAGUUUUAAUAGGAGGGGGAUCUGGCUUUGUGGGCCGUGAGCUGACUCGCCUGCUCAAGGUCAGAGGUCAUGAUGUCACAGUGAUAUCUCGCCAGCCUGGUCCGGGGAAGAUAACAUGGGGUGAGUUGGAGUCUCAUGGCCUCCCACCAUGCGAGGGCGCCGUCAAUUUGUCUGGAGAGAAUCUAAUGAACCCACUGCGAUGGUGGAAUGAAAGCUAUAAAAAGGAUUUGUUCUCCAGUCGUCUCGACACUACAAAAUCUCUGGCUCAAGCCAUUGCUGCUUCUCCCAGUCCUCCUCACUCCUGGGUCCUGGUAACAGGCGUAGGUUGUUACAAGCCCGGUCUGACAGCUGAGUACACGGAAGAUAGUGAAUGGACACCAUUUGACAUAUUCUCUAAACUGGUGAAAGAGUGGGAGGACUCUGCACUCCUUCCUGAGAAUGUGACAAAAACCACCAAACAAGUUGUCAUCAGGUCUGGGGUAGUAUUAGGCCGCGAUGGCGGUGCCAUGAAGCAAAUGCUGCUCCCCUUCUGGCUCGGCCUCGGGGGCACGCUGGGGUCAGGAAGACAGCCGUUUCCCUGGAUCCACGUCUCAGACCUGGCAGGAAUCAUCGUCCACGCCCUGGAGCGCCCCGCUCAGUCUGACACUCCCUCCCCUUCACCACAGGUGUUCAACGGGGUCGCGCCUGCACUGAACACCAACCAUGAGUUCACUAAAGAACUGGGCCGGAUCCUGAGGAGGCCUACCAUUUUCCCUGUGCCUGGUUUUGUCAUGAACACCCUAAUGGGCUCAGAGAGGGCCGUGGUCCUCAUGCAGGGCCAGAAAGUCAUACCAAAGAAGACUCUGGAGGCCGGAUUUGAGUACAAGUAUCCAGACUUGACCUCAGCACUGAAAGAGAUCGUUGGGAGUUAACCGAUGUUGAAAGAAUGUGUGCUGACUUAAGAUUUUCAGGAAUUGGGUGUUCAUAUUCACUGAAUUACAAAUAUGACUGCUCAGAACUGAGGAUCACACAUAGGACUGAAGACUGCUUGGAAAGUGGUUUCAUGCCACAUGAGACCAGUUUAUGAAUCUGGUUUUCUGAGACUUUGUUCAUACUAAGCACUUCAAGAGAUUAGAGAAAAUGAGACUCAGACAAAUACAGUUGUGAUGGGAUCCCUGUGUACAUUUACUGAAGGGCACACUGGGAUUUAAUUGGUCAUGCAUUGAAGGGCUACGUAGCACAACAAAAAUGACUUUGGUAUUGUUUCAGUAAAGGGAAGAUAUUUAUCCAGAUGCCGUCACUUGUUAAAUAUCACAUUGUUGUAAGAAAUGAGACUAUGGUUUGUUAAAGGUGGUGCACAAUAAAGCUGGGUCAAGUAC